AUGAGAGUUAGUGACACAAUUGCAAGAUUUACACAUCCAACAUUGAGAUUAGCACCUAGAUUUUAAGUUCAAUCAGUAACAUCACAAUUUGGAGUUGCUGAUAUUGUGAAUAGACAUUAGAUUGUAGCAUUAGCACUGCAUCCUUUGCAGUCAGUAGCCUUACCACCAGCUGUAUCUGCAGCACCACAAGCAACAUCAGCACUUAGAACGAGAUUUAAUUAGCAAAUAUUAUUUACAUCGGCAUUAGAGCCUGCAGUGCAACUGGCAACACAAGCAGAUCCAUUGAAAAAAUUACCUACCAGAAGCUUAAGCUGUAUAAACGUUAGUGGCUCCAUUUCAAGAUAGAUUUACAUAUCCAACUAAUGA